AUGAGGUUUGGGCGUGGGCGGGAUAGUCCUGAACCUACAGAUCCGGUCUUCGACGAGGACCAAGAUCUCAGCGAAGUCUGGCCACAGGUCGUGCGGCAGUAUGAGGACACCACCAAGAAAAAGCUAGAUAGUACUACUACCUUCAAGAGCUUCCAGCUGCAGAUUGAUGCAGACAUCAAAGAGUCAACGACGAAAAGCCACCAACAUGCUCGAACUGUUCUCAACAAUGUCGGUACCUGUCUCGAGAAGUUUGGGAGCAUUGUCGCACAAGGGGCAAGUGUAAUCUUCGGACCAACUGCUCAAUGCUGGAAUGCGAUAAGCUUCGUGAUUCAAGCAGCACGCGGCAUCAACGAUAUGAUGGACGGGUUCGUCACUCUAAUGGAACGCUCAUCCGCCUUCUUGCGACGUCUUGUGUACUUUCUGGAACAAGAGGCCGGCAAAGAUGGAGCCUAUUUGCCGCGCCCUCUUCGUAGGCCAGCAUACGAGAUUCUAUCACAGUUUCUGGGUGUGCUUCGUUCUUCCUACAAGCUAGCUACCAGCACAAGAGAGCGAAUGAAGUCGAUGGCCGGAAUCAUUCUCUUCAACUCGAACGAUGCGGUCGCAGAGUCACUCCAGCUCAUGGAAAAUCAUAUUCAGGAGUUCACCAGAGCCGAGGCUGAUGUCAUACUAGUAGGAGUUCGAGGGCUUGCGAAGCAUCUCGUCAAAUCUGACGAGGAAAGAGCCCGCCACCAGAGUGAAAUACUUGAAUACCUCCAAGCCACAUACAAAGUCGGUGAUCAGGUUCUGAGCGUCACUCAGCAGAUGAAGACUACUCUGGACGGUCGAGCUAAUAAAGACCAACAGAAAGAGAAUUUGGUCAAGAUAGCGAACAGUUUGGGACUGAAGAAGCCUGGGGACUGGGAGACUUGGACCAAGCGGCACAGUGAGCUCUGCAAAACGCAUGUGGAAGGGACAGGAGAAUGGCUCAGUCAAGACGAGCCUGCAUUCAGCCACUGGGCUGAUCUGGAACAGCACGAAAAGAAGGUCCUCUUCCUGAAGGCCGACUCAGGUUUCGGCAAAACACAUCUUUUCAACCACGUUGUUUCUCAUCUCGAAAAGAAAUGUCGGGCUGCACGCGGACCUAAUCAGGCUUUUAUCGCUUACUAUUACUACGGAGAUGAAAAAGACGACUCCCUCGAACGGUGUAUUGGGUCCAUCAUAUACCAGUUUGCAGCUGCAGAUGUCGGAUAUGCUCAAACUGUAGCAGACGAGUGCACGCGACUCGCAAGCAUUGCGCGAGCUGAGGAUCGAUGGCAUAAUCUUGUUUCGGGAUUACAGCGCGCCAUGAAAGGGACUUAUUUCAUAUGCAUGGACGGUUUCGAUAGUCCUGGCCAGCUGGACAGUGUAGAGGUGAUGAUGUUAACUAUCGCCGGCCAAGCUGCGUCUUCAGCCAAGUCUAACGGGGUUUCCCUACGUCUCUUCGUGUCCGGAAACGACGAUGCGCUUUCUGAGAUCUCGCAACGAGUUAAAGAUGUCGACACCAUUCUUCUCGGGAAACGCAGAGUCUCUGCCCAAUCCAUGGAACGAGCGGGCAACAAUGCAAAUAUAGCCUCAGACUCGCUGCCGAACGCAAGCGAUCUGAGAGCUGUCACAAGCGCCAGGAUCGAGGAGGUUUGCAAAACUAAACCUGGUCUGAAGGCUCUUCUUAGCGACGCGAACAUCGAGCUUUUGCUUGAAGGCAUACGCGGAAACUACAGAAACUUGGAGGCCAAGUUGACGGAGAUCAACGCUUGCGACACUAAAGGAAAAGUUCAGGAGGUCAUCAACAACACAAGUGCCGACAUGAACGCCGUACAGAGAAACAGAAUCAAGACGCUGGACGCUCUUCUGACUUCACGUCAGGCUCAGGUGCUCAAUUCUCUUCUUGUGUGGAUUGCAGGCUGUACCUACCCACCAAAGAUCAAGCUUCUCGAGAGCGUUCUUUUCUUCACCUUUAAGGAGGACUUCCUCCUCACAGAUCAAAUUGCUACUACCUACUCGCCUGUGCUCACGAUUGACAAGGAGGGCAGGGUGGAAUUCAAGGACGGCCUUAGGGAUAUUUUGUCCGUGGAUACUUCCUCGGGAGCCGAAUCUGCGAUCGCUCAGUUACAUGCUGAAGCGAUCACUACUGCCGAAGUCGAGCUUUGUCGCCGGUUCAUACGAAAAGCUUGUGAUGCAACAGAUUACGCCAGGUUUAGGUUCGAUGAUUUCUUCCAGGCCAUGGCACAAAAGGUACAUAUUCACCUCGAUGACGACAACACUGUGAACGUUACCAUGAUCAGCUUGUGCAUCGAUGUUCUGUUCGACAGUCGGAAGGACGGAAGCCUCGAAGCAAUGCGCGACCAUGCUUCAUUGUGGUUUUAUGAGUAUCUUAAGGCCUUGGUCAAGACGCUCGAUGAUUUUGAGCCACAACGAAAGUUUAUGACUGGGAUCGGAGGCAAGCUGGUUGACUUGUUCUGCGACCCCAAGAUGAUCGAUAUGUGGUUCUCCAAGAAGAAUUUGUCGUGGUUGAAAUACGAUUACCUGUAUUCUGAAGAGAACCUCGACGCUAUCUUGGCGUUGCUGAAGAAUUCGCAAGUGGCCAAAGGCUAUGCAAAGGAUGCAGAGAAGAGUGAGUGGGUAAAGUCCAUCAUUUCAGAUGCCGCGAGCAAAUACUCCGUUCUCGAGCGCAUCGCAGCGCGGCUGGCGACCCACUGGUUUAGCUGUUCGACUGGAACAACAGACAAGGAUUACCUUUGGAUCUCAUGGGGUAUUGUAGCCAAGCUAUCCAAGCCAGACAGACCUUUUGAAGAAUGGAACCCGCCUUCGAACGCAGAGAUCGACGAGUACAUUGGUUGGGUGAAGAAGCACAAGCAAAUCGAAAUCGACAACUCCACCUGGGAUUACCGCGUAGGCGCUACGUAUCUCGUCUUUGAGCAUUACAAGGAAGCUGUUAUUGCGUUGGAGAAAGCGAAGCAACACCCUCGGUCAAACUGGGGACUCUUCUUCGGUCUAGCAAAGGCCCAUGAGAAUGAAAAGAACUAUCGUGCAGCCCUCGGUUACAUGCAGGAUUUCAGGUCGCUCGGCGAAGGGUCACUGGAGACGGAUGAUGCGUACAAGGAGGCCUACUGGGACCUGCUCAGGACGGAAGGAAACUGCUUUAGGAAGUGUUGCGACUACGACCUGGCUAUCAGAUCCUUCCAGGAGCUUUUGAGCCAGGAUAUCGAAGAAACGUCUGAUAUGAAUUGGCUCUGCUUAUACGCUCUUUCAGGUAUCUUCAAGACCUGGACCGACACAAAGCGCUUUCAAUCUAUCAUCGAAUACAUUCGCAAUUGGAAGGAUGCAACAGCCAACAACCGUGGCCCAACAUACUGGUUACGGAGAGCAGCAUACGAAGAUGACGUCCAUGCAUGCAUCAUUGCGGCUGCAAAACAUGUCGGAGCUGUGGAAGAAGUCAUCUCUCUGUACCAGGAGGCUAUAGACUACAAGUCGCCAGACCCUUCUACUGGAGAGGAACCGGGGGUAGAUAGUUCUGCCGAAGCAACAGGACAGCUGCAGCACUUCCAGGCUGUCCUCAGAUUCCACGGAAGUACGUCCCAAGAUGAUCAGUACCGGAGUAUACAACACUGGGAAGGGAUUGUCCUGCAAUCAGACCAGAAUCCAACGUUGUUUAUGCCAGCAUGGAACGCGGCCCGGAAGUUGGCCCCGAUUCUUCUUGACAAGGGAGUUGCUGAGCUUGCAGCAGCUCCCUCGAGCGCUUGCGAAGACUACACCAGCCGAUUGAAGAAGCUUGUCAACCUAAAUACAACGAUUAUCCGUAAUCUUCGUCAAGGAGCUUCCGACCCUCGCCUUUGUUUAGCAAGGCUAUACUGCCUCAAACAAGACAAUAAGUCAGCUGCUGCGCAAGCGCAGGCUCGGCUUUGCAGUGUCUUCGACAAGUGGCCUGAAGCUCCUGAUGAUGAUUCACUCUCUCUUCGUUUCUCGAACCUCGCUCAGACGUUGACUGUCCUCGACAAAGAUGCGGAUGCUGUUGCAGCAUGGCAAGCAAUCGGGCCAUAUGAACCUACCAACGCUACGGAGGCGAAAUCAAACGCACCGGGUACUGAAGAGCCCGCACAGCCAAGCUGUGAGCCAUCCCACAAGGAUGAUGUGCCAGCGACGUCCGAGAACAGUCCGGAAACCAUACCAGCCACAUCUCCAUCAUCUACAACUACCACUAAGGCGUACCUCUCAGGAUAUGGCUGCGGUGCAGACUGCGGGACGCAAUGGGAGAACAUGCUAACUGACUGUUGGGUAUGCAAGCACUGCCUUUACUUCCAGCUUUGUCGUAACUGUUACAAGAAACUUCAAGAGGACGAUCUAAACCCUUUGAUCUGUAACAAGGAUCACAAGAUGCUCUAUUUGCCGCCAUUCGACUGGGAGGCAUGGCGUAGUAUUCCAGCAGACAUGAUGACUGUGGACAAGCAGCUAGUAUCUCGUAAAGACUGGGUAGACAAGAUUCGUAAGGGGUACAAUGUGCAACAGGCAGAGAUCGAUCUCAUCAAGAUAGAGAAGGCGAGGGAACUGAAGGCUGCCAGUGUACUUGCCGUACAAUGGCGCAAUAGGUUACAGAGAAUUAGGGCCAACAGACCGUCGGCAGCGCCUGCACUUCGUCGGGUCGGGACUGUCGCAAAGGGCAUUGAUGCAACCCACGUAACAAAGCAGCACGACAUCUAG